GAAAUUCCUAGUUGCUGUAAUGAAAGGCAUGUGCAAGGAAUUUGUGACCACCUGGCCGCAACAAUUUAGAAAAUGCAUGAUUUGGAUGUUAAUCCUCUAACGGAUAUAGCCAUUUGCUGUGGACAAACUGAAGCAUUUGCAGCAGCGAUUUUUGCUGUAAUUGACCCUGGAGAUGAAGUUGUGCUAUUUGAUCCUUCAUAUGAAACUUAUGAAAGGUGUAUUACCAUGGCAGGAGGAGUCCCAGUAUAUGUUGCCCUUGAUCCACCUCAGUGGACCUUGUGCCCUGGCAAGUUAUUGAAGUCUUUUACCGGCAGAACAAAAGCUAUUAUUUUAAACAGCCCUCACAACCCAACUGGCAAAGUUUUCUCCAAGGAAGAGCUUGAAGUUAUUGCUGAAGCCUGCUGCAGAUGGGAUUGCCUUGCUAUAACAGAUGAAGUAUAUGAGCACAUAACAUUUGAUGACAAGAAACAUAUAUCUCUUGCCUCACUCCCAGGAAUGCAAAAGAGAACUAUCAUCACAUCCUCCUUGUCUAAAACUUUAAGUGUUACAGGUUGGAGAAUUGGAUGGGCUAUUGCUCCAGCUUUUGCUGCAUCUGCAAUCCGAAACAUUCAUGUCAAAAUUACAGAUUCUGCUCCAGCAGCUUUCCAAGAAGCUGCGUUAACUGCUUUGACAAGCCCCCCUGAAUAUUUUGAAGGACUGAAAAAAGUAGGUUCCUUGGACAGAGCCAUGUUUUAGUCUUUUACUUGUCACUGUGGAGUGGAUGACCAUAGCUUACUUACUGUUAUAACACAAACCAAAAUGCAAGAUCAUGCUAAUGCUCCCACUGUCACCUUUUUGCAUAUUUAUUUUCUAUUGAUUAGCAGGAAUAUGAAUUUAGAAGGGAUGUCAUUGUGAAGGUGCUCACCUCGGUUGGUUUCCAAAUUCAUUUUAAGCCCCAAGGUUCCAUCUUUUUAUUUGUAGAGCUUCCGAAGAAUUGCUUGCUUUCUGAUGUAGUAGGUAGAUGUACUUUUUUUUUUUCUUUUUAAACUUUGGAGCUCCAUUCAUUCUAAGAAUUGAUCAUAUAUUAAAUUGACUUUUAUAAUGCCAGAAUUCUGCUAAUAGUUUGUUUAUGCGAUAUAAAUGGUGAUUCUGUUC